AUGUGCCAAACCGACUGCAGAUCGGAGACAACGAACCGGCCGGUUUGCGUUCCACCCACUAGACCCCCAACCACUAACACGCAUAGAACAUAGAUGUUUAACCGAAACUAAUGAUGGAUAAGUUAGCGAAUUGGCUAGAAUUGCAGGCAGUGACUGGUUCGGAGAUGAUCGAGAGUCGCUCAACGAUCUGGCAAAUACUUCAACAACGUCCACCUGAGCGAUGUGAAUUUGGUGGUUGGGGAGGAGAGGUGGACCGAUCAUUCCAAGUCGAAUGGACACAAUAUUUUCUGUUUCAGUUUCCCUGCGCAUCGUCUGAUCCUUGCAAAGAGCAGCGAAGUGUUCGAUCGAAUGCUCAGCCAGCGAUGGAAUGGAGAGAAGAAGGAUCUUGAGCUGGUGGAGGACUCCAUUUGUCAGAAGUCUUUUCUGCCUUUCUCCGCUUUCUCUACUGCAACCACGUCGUCUUGCACCAAGAAAACUGCCUGCCGCUUCUCAUUCUUGCGGACAAAUACAAUGUGACCACACUCAAAAAGGUUUCCUAGAAACUCUCAGUAUUCUAUUCAAAUUCUCUAAACAGGUGUGCUUGGACUUUGCGCAGUCCGAGAUUCUUCCGGUGCUCGACAUCAAGGAACUGUUCUCCGUCUGGUUCUCUUAUGCUACCAAAGCGUACCAUCCGAGUCUGAUUCGUUCGUGCAUGCAAGCGAUUGCUCAUGACUUCGGCGCACUGCUCAGUGAAGAGUGGGAAAAGAAUUGGCUAGCGCUCGACAGAGAUCAGAUGGUCGAGAUUCUAAAAUGCAACAAUUUGAAGUUGACCAGUACGUUCGCAUGAAAAACUGGAGCUCAAGUGUUGUUUUCAGACGAAUUCGCGUUGUGGGAAGCCAUUCUGAAAUGGAUCCAGGCCCCGAGCCAUCCGGAAAGAAGAGGCAACACCGCCAGUCCUCUUCUCACUCUUCUUCUCCCGCUCAUUCGGUUCCCGUUCAUGACUGCCGACGAGCUGGGCCAAGUUGAAAAGUCUUCCAUCGCUGAGAUCCAUCCGAAACUCUUUCUUCCCCCAAUUCUUCUCGCUUACAAGUAUCAAGCCCUUCCAUUGUCCAGCAGAAUCAACUGCAAGUGAGUCAACCAUUCGAAGCCUCCUUACACAUGUUUCUUUUCAGAGAGUUUUCCAACAAGCAGUUCCUUCUUCGGCACUACGAGGAUAUCCGUUGGGACCGAAGGAUCACUCUCUCGAAGUCACUUCUCGCUUUUCCUGGCGUCGAUCACACAUUCACGCUCUCAACUAGAUCUUCCACCUAUCCAAAUUCCGAAUGGAAAUGGACUCUCAAACUGACUGGGCUAACUUUUGCGAAUGCGAACAAUGCGGAUGCGCUCCGUAUCUUCCUGAUUGGCGAAGAUAUCGAUCAGUCAAGGUGCAUCUGGUUCUUGUCAAUUACCAACUAUUGAAAGAGUUUCAGAGCUAUCGAAUACAUGCUGCAAAUAGUGGAUGAGAAAAAGAUUCUUCGUUCAUUCUCUGGAAAGAAGACGUUCACUAAAACGAGGUAACAGCUUAAAGUCUCUUUCAAUUUACUUUCUCUGUUUCAGGUACUCUUUGGAGCUCGAGAUGGAGAAGAAGAUCGAAUUCGGCGACCUGCUCAACGACGAAUCUUCUCUUCUGUGCAACGGAGACCUCAUCCUCCAGCUCAUUCUCAAACCCAUCGACUGA